UCGGUAUAAGUCACAAUUUCGAGCUGAAUAGGCGCUUCGAGUAGUUUUAGUUGGCAUUCGUUUUGGCAGCGAAAGGCGAGGCAAUCGCUUACUCAUGCUUAGAGAUACCCCUUUCUGGCCCUCCCUCAAAGAAACCGCAUCCAUGCAAUGCAGACAGACUGAUCGACUGACAGACUGGCAGACUGGCAGACAUUGUUCAUCCGGCAGGCAUUUCCUGAAGACAAACGCGCUUGGCAACAGCAAAGAGAUCGCUCAGCUGGUUUAUUUAGGGGGUGAAAAGGCAGGCAGGAGGGCUCACACCUGAGCCCGAGUGCCGUUGAACGGCCAAACGGGAUCUGCCAGAUACAAGAUACAAGAUACUCACAUCACAGAGUAUAUGUAUCUGCAUUUGUAGCUGUAUCUGUAACUGUAUCUGUAUCUGCAGCUCAAGUAUAUACUCGAAUAUGUAUGUGGAUAUAUGUAUAUACCCGGGCCACGUUAAUAGCCAUCACAAAUAUUGCAAAAGCAAACCGAGACGUUGCUACCUGUUGACGGCUUCGCUUAGCCUCACCUUUCGGCCCCGCUUACCAUAAGUUACCUACAUUUAGCCAUUGUGAGUACGCAGCUGGCUCAGACCCCCUCCACCGCAGAAGCACAAGUGCUAAUUUAGUUAUCACAAUUUUUGAUUUGAUUAAAUUUUAUCUAAUUGCGACGCACAUGCAGGCAUACUCCACAUACUAGACUGCUCGCAAUCAGUAGGUUUUUGCAAAAUAAAAUCGUAAACGGCUGCGAUAAGAAGCCCAAGCAGGAACCCCCCCAAAAAUCAAAUAUUAAAUAAACGAGUGGCUCAGUUCUUUCAAGUAGCGCGAAGCGAUUGUUCGAUCGCCUCUCGCCCGCCACGCGCCCUUCUAAAAUCAGCAAUCAUCCAAAACCAAUCACCAUUUUAUAUAGUCAGCCAUCGCUGGAAGUGCACCUCGUCUGCGUAUCCCCCGUUCGCUUUCGAGUCCCAGUCCCCAGCCCCAUUUGUGAUUAAGAUAAAGAGCGAGCACAAGUGCGGCGAGUGUUGUUCGAUCGCCCCCCAAUCAAAAACCAAAGAACUUUAGACGUCGAAGAACCUCUGGAAUACGGAAUAAUCGCACAGACUACAUACUACAUAGAUACUACAACACAGCACAGCACAGCACAGCACACAAAAUGAUAAAAACAAAGAGCAGUGACGACAAACUGGACACUCUGCUCUCGCGCAGCGUGGUUCCGAUCAUCGAUCUCGCCCACUGUGGUAUCGAGGAGGUGCCGGUCAAGUCGGUGGUCAACCGCGUGGGUCACCAGCUGAAGAGGGCCCUCUCCGAGAAGGGCAUGGCCCUGCUGGUCAACCAUGGCAUAUCAGACGAGAAGCUUAAGACUGCCUGGGAUCACCUGGAUGAUUUCGUGGACCUGCCGCCCGACGUCAGACAGCACUACAUCCGCACGGAUGGGGACAAACACGGCUACGUGAGUCGCGGCCAGCAGAGAUUCGAUGGCAAGGCGCCGGAACUGCGCCACGCCUUCAACAUCAGCACCCUGAACGCCCAGAACCUGCCGGAGGAGCCGCUGCCCGGAUUCGCGGACCACAUCAGCACCCUGGCCACGGACUUCAAGGCGCUGGCCAGCUUCAUCCUGCAGGCGCUGGCCGUCUCGCUGGACAUUCCGCACACGUUCUUCCUCGAAAAGCACUCGCACAUGCUGUCCGGCGACCACGACAAUAUGAGCUCCCUGCGCAUGCUCUACUACCCGCCCAUUGUGGACGACGAGCCGGGCCAGAACGACGUGAUCAAGGGCCGGUGCCAGUACAGCUACCAGCGCUGUCUGUCCAACCAGCCCGACUUCCGGCCGGAGCACAAUCCCCGCGACGAGGACGACCUCAACGAGGUGGACGGCCCCAAUGGCCAGCUGUUCGAGCACAAACUGGGCAACGGUGCGGUCAUCCAGUGUCCACCGCACGUGGACUACGGCACCUUCACCCUGCUCUCCCAGGACUCCGAGGGCGGGCUGGAGGUCAAGCUGCCCGGCAGCGAAAAGUGGCACCGCGUCGGACACCUGCCCGGCUCCAUUCUCGUCAACGUCGGCGAGAUCUUGAAUAUCUGGACUCAGGAACGAUACCCCGCCUUGCAACAUCGCGUGGUUAUACCAGAACAGGAACACAUUCGUGCCCGUGGUCGCCACUCGAUAGCCUUCUUCUGCCAUCCGGAUAACAUUACCAUGAUAUCGCCCAACGAUCUGCCCAAUCCAGAUGCCGCCCAGGACAAGGCGUGUCUCAAGCAGCGAAAGAAGUCCUUCAAGGCGGCGAAAGAACGAGUCUACAAUGCAUAUCAGUUAAUACAGAAAAAGUUUAGAGAUACGUAUAGCAAUAACAAUCACUCAUAACGACGACGACGUCGAGCCAUCCAUCGCAUCUCUACCUGAACCGGAAUGAAGUUUGGUCGUGUAAACGGAUGGGGAAAAUGAAAAGCAGCAACUCAUAUGAUGAUGUUUUGAACCUUUUUAUUAUUACCUUUACUUUUAUUCCAUACGAUUGUAAUUGCUUCAUUUCAUUAAUUUAUAUGUAUCGAGAUACUAUAUACAAUACAUGCAUACACCGUAAACAUAUCCCUUUGUAUAAUAAAUAUAUAUGUAUAAUUUAAUAUAGUUUCCACUGAAAAA